AUGAAGAACCUUUCUACCCAGAGUGAGGGAGCUAGUAGAGACAUGAGUAAGACACCGCCUCCCGCCUAUUUUAGUUGCCUUUUCUGUAAAUCUUCAAAGGUUGUGGCUCUUCAGCAAUUUGCCAAAGGUAAAGGAAAACUAAGGAGGAGGAAUAAGAAGAUAUCAAAUAUGGCCGCAACAGCCAACUCCGCCACCAUUCCUCUUCUCUUGCCUUACAAAAUGGGGAAUUUUAACCUCUCUCACAGGGUUGUUUUAGCACCAUUGACAAGAAGCAGGUCUUACAACAAUAUUCCACAGCCACAUGCUAUCUUAUACUACUCUCAGCGUUCAUCCAAUGGUGGAUUUCUCAUUGCUGAAGCCACUGGUGUUUCCAAUACAGCACAGGGGUACCCAGAUACACCUGGAAUCUGGACAAAAGAGCAAGUGGAAGCUUGGAAACCAAUUGUGGAAGGUGUUCACGACGAGAGAGGCAUCUUUUUUUGUCAACUUUGGCAUGUUGGCCGCGCCUCUAGUUAUGCUUUUCAGCCUAAUGGUCAAGCUCCGGUCUCUUGUACUGAUAAAGGAGUGACACCAGGCCUUGAAGGCAUGGAUUGGUCACCUCCUCGUCGGCUUAGAACCGAUGAAAUCCCCGGCAUUGUCAAUGACUUCAGGCUGGCGGCCCGAAAUACCAUCGAAGCGGGAUUUGAUGGAGUUGAGAUCCAUGGUGCAAAUGGUUACUUACUUGAUCAAUUCAUGAAAGACCAAGUAAAUGACAGAACAGAUGAGUAUGGCGGAAGCUUGGAGAACCGUUGCCGGUUUCCGCUCGAGAUCGUCGAAGUAGUGGUUAACGAAAUCGAACCAGACAGGAUCGGAAUGAGGCUAUCACCUUAUGCUAGCUACAUGGAAGCUAGCGAAUCAAACCCCGAAGAACUAGGUGUUUACAUGGCGAAUGCAGUUAAUGAAUUCGGCAUCAUUUAUCCGCACGUUAUCGAGCCACGGAUGAUUAAAAUAAACGACAAGUACGAAACUCCUCAUAGUCUUCUCCCAAUGAGGAAGGCCUUUAAGGGCACUUUCAUUGCUGCAGGAGGGUACAAUAGAGAUGAUGGUAACAUGGCUAUUGCUGAUAAUUACUCAGAUUUGGUUGCCUUUGGGAGGUUGUUCUUGGCUAAUCCGGAUUUGCCGAGACGAUUUGAGCUCUUCUGGUCUAUGAUGUUACCAAGCCGACAACAUUCGAAAAUGUAAGCCGAUGGCUGAAGGAACUCAGGGACCAUGCGGAUUAAAAU